CUUGCUCCCUCCCGGGCUGCGGCUGCUGCAAAAGCCAGCAGCGGCAGCGGGAGCUGUCCGGAGGCCGGCGUCGAGGGUUUGCGGCUGUCUCUGCUAUUCCAUCCUCCCCAUAGGGGCUGUCUCCCCUCUCCCAUCUCAAGAUGGCAGCCAGCAGCUCUGAGAUCUCUGAGAUGAAGGGGGUUGAGAAGAGUCCCGAAGUGCCAGGCGAAGGGCCUGGCCAUGCUGAAGCUGAAACUGGCCCUCCCCAGGUCCUAGCAGGGGUACCAGACCAGCCAGAGGCCCCGCAGCCAGGCCCAGACACCACUGCGGCCCUUGUGGACUCAGGGCCCAAGGCUGGGCUGGCUCCAGAAACCACAGAGACCCCGGCUGGGGCCUCAGAAACAGCCCAGGCCACAGACCUCAGCUUAAGCCCAGGAGGGGAAUCAAAGGCCAACUGCAGCCCUGAAGACCCAUGCCAAGAAACAGUGUCCAAACCAGAAGUGAGCAAAGAGGCCACUGCAGACCAGGGGUCCAGGCUGGAGUCUGCAGCCCCACCUGAACCAGUCCCAGAGCCUGCUUCCCAGCCAGACCCCCAGCCAGAUUCCCAGCCUACCCCCAAGCCAGCCCUUCAACCAGAGCUCCCUACCCAGGAGGACCCCACCCCUGAGAUUCUGUCUGAGAGUGUAGGGGAAAAGCAAGAGAAUGGGGCAGUGGUGCCCCUGCAGGCUGGCGAUGGGGAAGAGGGCCCAGCCCCUGAGCCUCACUCACCACCCUCAAAAAAAUCCCCCCCAGCCAAUGGGGCUCCCCCCCGAGUGCUGCAGCAGCUGGUUGAGGAGGAUCGAAUGGGAAGGGUGCACAGUGGGCAUCCAGGAUCUCCCCGAGGUAGCCUGAGCCGCCACCCCAGCUCCCAGCUGGUGGGUCCUGGGGUGGAGGGGGGUGAAGGCACCCAGAAACCUCGGGACUACAUCAUCCUUGCCAUCCUGUCCUGCUUCUGCCCCAUGUGGCCUGUCAACAUCGUGGCCUUCGCUUAUGCUGUCAUGUCCCGGAACAGCCUGCAGCAGGGGGACGUGGACGGGGCCCAGCGUCUGGGCCGUGUAGCCAAGCUCUUAAGCAUCGUGGCACUGGUGGGGGGAGUCCUCAUCAUCAUCGCCUCCUGCGUCAUCAACUUAGGCGGUGAGUGGGGGCUUGGGACAGGCAGGGGAGGAAUGGAAGGGUUGGCAAGGGCAGCUUUACUAACCCCUGCCCCUGCUCUCUCCUGUCUGUCCUCCUUACCUCUCCUUUGUCUCUCCUUGUCUCCCCCUCCCCCCUGUCUGUCCUUCCCUCUCCUCUCCCACAGUGUAUAAGUGAGGGGCUCUGCCCCGCAUCCCAAGACUUUUCUUCCUGUUGGGAGCUGCCUUGGGCCCAUCCCUCCCCUGGGGGGAGCCCAACUGAUGGCCCUGGCCCCCACCCCUAAGGACCAAGGGAGCCUGAGCGGCCUUGUUUACAGCUUCUGUCCUGCUCCUGCAUCUUGCCAGGCUCCUCUGCCAACUGUAGGCCUCCCUCAUCCCUGCACUGGUUCCAACCUCCCUGCACUAAUGCCUGCAUCCCCUCCUGCCUCUCGGCCCCCUAUCCCUGCACUUCUGGAAACCUCCCUGCACUCUGGAAACCUCCCUGAACACCUCCCCAGCUCUGCGCUCUCAGCCUCCCUGCAUCUCUCCUGGCUUCCUUGCACUUCUUCCAGCCUCCCAAAUUCUCUGGACCUCCACCCUGGCCUCCUCCUCCCAACUUUCAUUGUCUUGGCAUCUCUCAACCCUAAGUCCUCUCUUUCUUCCCUUUACCAUCUCCCCUUUCCUCUCCACGUCCCGCCCCCUUCCUCUUCCUGCCUCCUCAUCUCCCUUAAGCAUCCUCUUCUCCAACCUCCCGUCACCGUUUACUCUGCAAAAAUGACAGCACUUAGAUGAGGCUUGGGGGCGGGGAGCAGUGUUGGGAGAGGGCUCCCCAACCCCGGGCUCGGACUGUUCUCUGCUGGGACUACCCAGGGUCGGACACCCUAGGGUGCCUUGCAGGUCGCAGGGCUGGCAAGCCGGGCCUCGUGUGGGGACUCGGGUGAGGGUGGCCAGCACUGGUUCCGAACGCACGCAGGGGAGAAGGAAGGGACGCGGCGCUGACCCUUCCAGGUCAGCUGGAGUUGACCCGCCCACCUGGGCUUUUCAACCCCAGUCCGCGAGUUUCUUUCUUGAAGGUGUCGGGGCUAGAUUCAUUCACGUGCUUCGUAACGAAAUAAUCCAAAAGAUAGGACCAAAGCGCCCACUGGCAGGAGCGAGGGCGGGGCGGCGCGCUCUAUAAUUAUUUUCUAAGAUGACGGGGAGGUUUGUUGCACGCGACAGCCCGCUGAGGAGGCGGGGACCGAGCUACAACGCGGUUCGGAUUUGGCGGGUUUUUUUUCCUACAAAAAAAAAAAAAAAGUCCGGGGGAAAAAAAAAACUAAAAUUCUUAAAAAAAAAAAAAAAAAAAGGCUAUUAUCAAACUGAUUUCUCCCUUUUUGUAUGCCGGAUGCUGCAUGAGUCUGAAACACCAAUAAACGGAGACUGCAUGA